AUGCACCAUCCUAAGAAAAAAUAAAAAACCCUCUCUACAAGUACACACCAAACUGACCAUGUGCAGAGUACCCCCAAGGCUCUGUUCUGUCAGCAGAUGGCUUGGGGACUGUGGAAGAAGAGGAGGAUCAGAAAAUCAGGAUCAAACAUCCUUUUUACACAAUGCAGAGGAUUAACUCCUUAGGUUCCACAAUGAGUAUAACAAGCAUGCUUUACUGCCAGGGGCGGACUGACAACUCAUGGGGCCCCCGGGCAAUAGGGGAUCAUGGGGCCCCUGUAUCCUUGCCCAAACGAAAAAAAAAAGCCUAU